AUGGAUCAUGAACACUCAUUGCAAAGAAAGCCUCCAGGAGCCCCAUACACAUGCACUGGUUGUGGAGAACUAGGGUUCGGAUCAAGCUACCAUUGCGAAAAUAUCAAUUGCAGUUAUGUCCUUCAUGAAGUAUGUGCAAAUCCCGAUCCUUACGCCUUUCAUCCAUUUUUCGAGAAAAGCUAUUUCGAGUUCCAUCGAAAACCACCUGGAUAUAAAACAAGAUACUGUAAUGCUUGUGGAAAAGAUGUGUUAGGGUUUGUUUAUCAUUGCUCUAGCACAGACUAUGAUCUUCAUCCAUGUUGUUUGAAGUUGCAACAUAGUAUAUCUGAUGAUAACGGAAACGUGACGUUGAAUUUGUCAAAGAGAGUUCAUUCAAAGUGUGGUAAAUGUAAGCAUAAGCAUGUUAUGGGAAAAGUUCAAGGAUGGUCUUAUUAUGAUGGAAAUUCUUGCUAUCAUGUGUCUUGUUUCAAGGAUUUGAUUCUUCAGAAUUGGAGGAUGGGUUAUUUUUCUGAAGGAGAUAGAGAAGCUCAACUUGUUCUCACACGGUCAAGAAGAACAAGGACUAUGAGCAAGUACACAAAGAUAGCUGUUGUGAUUUUCAAGCUACUAUUUUCAGCUAUUUUUGGAAACCCUAUAUCUGCUGUUUUUACUCUUGCUUCAAAUUAA